AUGGUAAGCUUGGAGUCAUUGGAUCUAUCGCAUAACUUUCUCUUUGGAUCGGUUCCAAUGUCAAUGGAGAACCUUCGGUAUCUUAGACAUUUCAAUGUCUCUUUUAACAAUUUAAUUGGUGAAGUUCCUUCCAGAGGGCCUUUUAUCAACUUCACUGCCGAAUCCUUCAUUGCAAAUCAAGCACUGUGUGGAGCUCAAAGGUUUCAUGUGCCUCCAUGCCCACAUAUUUCAGCUCACAGAUCGAGAACAAAAAAAGUGCGUCAAACGAUUUAUAUUCUUCUGGGGAUGAUAAUAGCAAUGGGAGUCUUGUCCUUUGGAUUUUUUUACCUAAGGUAUGGAAAGAAAGAUGGACUUUCCAGUGGAGCAAAUUUAUCCUUAGUUGUAAUGCCAGAAAGAAUUUCAUAUUUCGAACUUCUAAAAGCAACUAAUGGGUACAGCGAAAGCAAUUUGUUGGGAACUGGAAGCUUUGGAUCUGUUUAUAGAGGUACUCUUGAUGAUGGAAGGGUCGUGGCUGCUAAAGUUUUCAAUUUACAAGUCGAAGGGGCAUUCAGGAGUUUUGAUGUAGAAUGUGAAGUACUGCGCAAUCUUCGCCAUAGAAACCUCACAGGAGUCAUCACCAGUUGCUCUAACCCUGAGUUUAAGGCAUUAGUGCUUGAGUUCAUGCCUAAUGGGAGUCUUGAGAAGUGGUUGUAUUCGCACAGCUAUUUUCUGGAUCUAAUGCAGAGAUUAGACAUAUUGAUUGAUGUUGCAUGUGCAUUGCAAUAUCUCCACUGUGAGUAUUCAACUCCAGUAAUUCACUGUGAUUUGAAACCGAGUAAUGUUCUGCUGGAUCAAGACAUGGUUGCCCAUCUAAGUGAUUUUGGCCUUACAAAGUUGUUGGCUGAGGAUAACAGCAUCACACACACCGAAACACUAGCCACACUUGGCUAUCUCGCACCAGAGUAUGGAUUGGAAGGAUUAGUAUCAACAAAAUGCGAUACCUACAGUUUUGGAAUUAUGAUGAUGGAAGUCUUCACAAGAACAAAACCUAAUAGUGAAAUGUUUGGCGAAAACUUGAGCUUGAAGAGUUGGGUGACUAAUUGA